AUGCAAAGCCGCGAUGACUUCAUCAAGGAUGUGCUUGAUGGCGUGACAGCCGCGACUAUGGCGAUUCGGAUAACUCCGUACAUCCUGAGCAGGAUCAACUGGAAGGAUCCACGUCACGAUCCUCUUGUUCGUCAGUUCCUCCCAUUAAAAUCAGCCAUGCUGCCGGACCACCCAAAGCUUGCUCUGGACUCGCUUCACGAAGAGGCAGACUCGCCAGUUAAGGGGCUUGUCCACCGGUAUCCCGACAAGGCACUGUUUCUACAUACCGUGACCAAGGCCUCACUUAGGCCGACACGCAAACGGUGGGAAGAAGUCUUCACGUAUAUAGAGAAACACCCUGAGCUUCAAGAUAUCGUCGUCUCCGGUGGUGAUUCGUACUAUUUGCAGCCAGAGCACAUCAGGCUCAUUGGCGAAAGGCUCAUCAGCAUGCCCAACAUCAAGCGGUUCCGAUUCGCAUCCAAAGGACUUGCCGUCGCUCCCGCUCGCAUCCUCGACGAGUCGGAUGGCUGGGUUAAUGCGUUAAUUGACAUCUCUAACAUGGCAAAGAAGGCAGGCAAGGCGAUGGCAUUGCAUACGCACUUCAACCACCCCAAUGAGAUCUCAUGGAUCACAUCAGCGGCCAGCCAGAGGUUGUUUGAGGACGGCGUAAUGGUUCGUAACCAGACUGUUCUUCUCCGGGGGGUCAAUGAUGACUUGGAGACUAUGUCAACCCUGAUACGGACGCUUGCAGACAACAAUAUUUUCCCGUACUACGUCUACCAAUGCGACAUGGUACAGCGAGUUGAACAUCUGCGAACACCUCUCCAAACCAUCCUGGAUCUGGAAGCGCAGAUUCGGGGCACGAUUGCCGGGUUCAUGAUGCCUUCGUUUGUCGUUGACCUUCCUGGAGGGGGCGGAAAGCGGCUUGCCUGCUCUUUUCAGUCCUAUGACCGAACAACUGGCAUCUCCCGCUAUACGGCCCCCGCAGUCAAGGGCCGAGACAAAGAGAACAAGGUUUAUGAGUACUACGAUCCUAUUGACACGCUUCCGGGAGCAUCUUCGACCAAGACCGACGAGUGUGUCGGUGAAGUUUGA